CAACCAAUUACAGAACAACCAACUACAAAACAAACAAUAACAGAACAAACAAGUACAGAACAAACAAGUACAGAACAACCAAGUACAGAACAACCAACUACAGAAAAAACAACAACAGAACAACCAAGUACAGAACAACCAACUACAGAACAAACAAGUACAGAACAACAAACUACAGAACUACCAAGUACAAACCAACCAAUUACAGAACAACCAACUACAAAACUAACAAUAACUGAACAAACAAGUACAGAACAAACAACUACAGAACAACCAAGUUCAGGACAACCAACUACAGAACAAACAAUAACAAAACAAACAAGUACAGAACAACCAACUACAGAACUGCCAAAUACAAACCAACCAAGUACAGAACAAACAAUAACAGAACAAAUAACUACAGACCAACCAAGUACAGAACAACCAACUACAGAACAAACAAGAACAGAUCAAACGAGAACAGAACAUCCAAGUACAGAACAACCAAGUACAGAACAAACAAGUACAGAACAACCAGCUACAGAACUACCAAACACAGACCAAACAAGUACAGAACAACCAACUAAAAAAACAAGUACAGAACAAACAGCUACGGAACUACCAAGUACAGACCAACCAAGUACAGACCAGCCAAGUACAGAACAAACAAUAACAGAACAAACAAUAACAGAACUACCAAGUACAGAACCACCAACUACAGAACUACCAAGUACAGAACUGCCAAGUACAGAACAACCAGCUACAGAACUGCCAAGUACAGACCAACCAAGUACAGAACAACCAACUACAGAACAAACAACAGAACAAACAACUAAAGAACAACCAAGUACAGAACAACAAACUACAGAACAACCAACUACAGAAACAACAAUAACAGAACAAACAACUACAGAACAACCAAGUUCAGAACAACCAACUACAGAACAAACAAUAACAGAACAAACAAGUACAGAACAACCAACUACAGAACUACCAAGUACAGAACAAACAAGUACAGAACAACCAAGUACAGAACGACCAAGCACAGACCAACCAAGUACAGAACUACCAAGUACAGAACAACCAAGUACAGAACUACCAAGUACAGAACAACCAAGUACAGAACAACCAACUACGGAACUACCAAGUACAGACAAACCAAUAACAGAACAACCAACUACAGAACAAACAACUAAAGAACAACCAAGUACAGAACAACAAACU